CUCUUCUCUUUCCUCUUCUUUUCUUUCUCACUCAAACUUUUGCUUUUCCGCAUGUCUGCAUUUACGGUCAAUAGGUUUGAAGCCCUUCUGGGCGACGAGCCCUCUGAGACGGACAAGCUUGGAAACACAAAGCCAACGGACAAGAAAGAUGAUCAACCGCCCAGUCGCAGCAAGCGUCAGGAUACGCGAAAUUUGCACACCCGUGUAGCAGUGUCGCCCCCGUCUCGAAGAGGCCGUGACCGUGGCGCCGCAGGUGGUGGAGGCGAUUCGCUCGAAAGCAGCAACACCGCCAGCAACGACGCCGCACCUGCUGCCGCCCAACGUCCUCCGCGCGGCCGUCAGUACGAUCGUCACAGUGCCACUGGCAUCGUUGACAACGACAAAAAAGUCAAUCAAGGAUGGGGUCGAGCCGAGACUGCCCAGUGGGAUGCUGCGCAUGACACAAUGUCGCCCGACGACCCAGCAGCGGAGGGUCAGACGGGAUCGGGCACGGCCACGCCUGCGGAGCCUGAGUACAAGACCCUGGAAGAAUACCAGGCUAACCAAGCAGCUAAGCGCGACAACCGCUUCCAGCUUCCUGAAGCACGUCAAGCAAACGAAGGCAGCGACGGUGGCCAAUGGAAGGACGCCGUCCCGCUCAACAAGGAAGACGAGGUCUACUUUGGUGGCAAGGAAGUCGCACAAAAACAAAAGAACAAGAACAAGAAGGAAAAGGUGUACAUUGACAUUGAACACCCACCGCAUCGACCAAGCGGUGGACGAGGCGAACGACGCGGUGGCAGUGGCGAACGUGGCGGACGUGGCGGACGUGGUGGACGAGGUGGGCGAGGCGGUCGUGGCCGCGGAGGUCGUGGAAGAGGUGUAAAUAUGAACGUCAACCUCUCGGAUGCAAGUGCAUUCCCUACUUUGGGAGCAUAAAUUUUCUUGUUGCUCCCUCUCUCUUCCACAAGGAUCUACCCGUACAGAUUAUUGCAGAAGGUGCACAUAAAACAACACACAGCACACAAUAUCAAAAGAAGACAGUUUCUCUCUCACUCUCUCAUCCACUCUUUCAUUUUGUUGUUUGUUUUCAUUUGAAUAAGAAAAAAAAAGAAACUUUAUUUUGGC